AUGGCUUCAUCUCAUGUGUCGGUUGAAGAGAAUUCAAGUUCGACUAUUCUAGCAGCAGAUAUCGGAGGCACAAACGCUCGUUUUCAGGUUUUAUUUAAUCUAUCAUCGGGAAUUUCAGGCAUUGAUCGAGCUUGCUUGGCUGUUGCAGGUCCUGUCAAAGCCAACUCGUGCCAGGUAUUCUGUUUUGAACUAAUUUUAUUUGCAACUCAUGUAAGAUUUCAGAUGACGAACUUGACAUGGAAAAUAGACGGUGCAAGUUUAGAGGAAACUUUUGAUAUAAAAAGUGUGCGUGUUAUGAACGAUUUCGAGGCGAUUGGAUACGGGAUUCACGAGCUUGAGGAAUCGGAUCUUUUACGUCUGAAUAAUUGUUCAAAAAAUCCGACAGGACCAAUAGCUCUGAUAGGACCUGGAACAGGCCUAGGAGUAAGUUUCAUCUAUUGUUUGUUAAGUAAUGAAAUUUAUCAUUAA